UUAACUGCGCCGUAAACUCACAACAGAAGAAGAUGAGCUGCAGCUUUUAUUUCUCUUUCUCUCCGUGUAAACAGCUGAGCCGUUGGUUUAUUAUUCCUCCCUGAAACUAUUCCUGGGUUUAUUUCACAUUGCAUAAAAAUAAUGAAAUCCUGUCUUUGUCUGUAUUUGAGGAUGUUCACUACAUUGUGACUUAAAACCUGAGGUUUAAUGGAGUGUGUAAUUCUGCAGAAUAGUCCAGAUUUCUGCUCAUAAACCUCUUUUUCCAGUUUAUUGAUUUGAAACUCUUAUUUCAUUAAAAUGGAAUCAGCGGAGGCACGACUGGGCUGUAGCAGAAAACCUCCACGCACUCCUGCUCACUCACAGCUUUGUGAGGAUGUGCAGCCAAAAACUUGUACGGCUUCAGGUGGAGGGACAUCGAGCUCUGUGGGACACAUCGGCCCAGUAGACCAUCAGAAACAUAUAAAAAAGGAAGAACCUGAUGAUGAAGACUACCUCUGUGGAUGGACAUCAAGCUCUGUGGGAGACAUCACACCUAUGGACGAACAGAAACAUGUAAUAAAGGAAGAAUCUGAUGAUGAAGACUAUCUCUGUGAAGGAACAUCAUGGUGCGUGGGCCACAGCACCUCUGUGGAUGAACUGAGUGGUGGAAAUAAACAUAUAAAAGAGGAAGAGCCUGAAGAUGAAGGCUACAUCUGUACAACAACAGUCUGUGAAAUGAACAAUCCCCAGUUACAAGUCUUCUCCUGCUCCUGGUGUUCACUUUCCUGUGCAUCUCAAAUUUACCUCCAAAAACACAUCAGACAAUGCCACUAUGAUGAAUACCAGACACUCAUAAAAUCAGGAGAAAUUCAUUAUGAGACUCUGCCCACACGAAGCUCCAGACAUAACCAAACAAUCUCUGUUAGUCUGAACGCCUCUAACACCCGUAGCAUCUCUCAUGAACAAAUUCAGAAAGAAAUCCUUCCCUGCUCAGUGUGUGGUAAGAGUUUUUCCCAGCAGAGUAACCUCCAACGACACCAGCGCAUUCACACAGGAGAAAAACCACAUAACUGCCCAGAGUGUGGGAAGACCUUCGCGCACAAGUGUAAUCUGCAACGGCACCAGCGCAUUCACAGUGGAGGGAAGAAAUACAACUGCUCAGAGUGUGGGAAGAGUUUUGCCCAGCAGAGUUAUCUCCAACAACACCAGGUCAUUCACACAGGAGAGAAACCCUAUCACUGCUCACAGUGUGGGAAGAGUUUUAUUCGACAGAGUGAUCUCCAACAACACCAGGUCAUUCACACGGGAGAAAAGCCACAUCACUGCUCAGAGUGUGGGAAGAGCUUUAUUCGACAGAGUCACCUCAUCCGGCACCAGCGGAUUCAUACAGGAGAGAAGCCCUAUCAGUGCUCAGAGUGUGGGAAGAGAUUUGCCCAACAGAGUUAUCUCCAACAACACCAGCGCGUUCACACAGGAGAGAAACCGUACCGCUGCACACAAUGCGGGAAGAGUUUUAUUCGACAUGGUAAUCUCCAAGAUCAUCAGCUCAUUCACAUACAAGUGAAGCCAUAUUGCUGCUCACAGUGUGGGAAGAGCUUUAUUCGACAGAGCGAAUUCCAGACACACCAGCGCAUUCACACAGGAGAGAAGCCCUAUCACUGCUCGGACUGUGGGAAGGGUUUUAGAGGCCAGAGGCAUCUCAAAGCACACCAAGUCAUUCACACAGGGGAGAAGACUUAUUAUUGCUCAGGGUGUAGGAAGAGUUUUAAUCGACAGAGUGAUCUCCAAAACCACCUCUGUCUUCACAAAGAACAGAAGCCGUACCACUGCUUACAUUGUGGGAAGAGUUUUAUUCAACCGAAUGUGCUUGAAAAACACUGGUGCGUUCACACAGGACAGAUGUGGUGUCACUGCUCACAGUGUGAGAAGAGUUUGGCCCAACACAGUAAACUCUGUUGACACUAGGGCAUGCAAAUAGCAGUGUAGAUGGACAUUUCUGUUAUUCAGAUGUAUUUAAGAUAUUUAAGAUAAGUGCGCUGACAUGGAGCCAUCAGCUUCUGUUACAUGACCUCUAAAUCAUAUAUCCAGUUAUCAUGUUGGCAUGAUUUGUAUAAGUAUGUACUUUAUAUUACAUUACUAUUAUAAUACUGUA